AUGGCCCAGCCGACUAGCACCCAGCAGCAGCAGCAGCAGGAGGAGGUCGACUCUCCGCAGCUCUUCGCCGCGCUCCCCGUGUCCCCUCCGCCGCUCGUGAAGGGACCCAGCUCCGCGCUCGUGCGCCUGCUCUUCGCGGACCUCUCUGGCCAGCGCCGCGUGCGGGUGGUUCCCUGGGACCGGUUCCGCGCGCUGACGUGUCAGCAGGGGAUAGGCCUGGCGCGCUGCAUCUACGCGUUCGCGUCGUUCGUGGAUGGGCCCGCCCCCGGAUGCGGCCUGUCCGCCGUGGGGGAGGUGCGACUCAUGCCUGACGUCGGCACGCUGAGAACCCUCCCGUGGUGUCCCAAUCAGAUGCUCGCAUUGGUGGAUGCACACGUGGCGCCAGGUCAGCCGUUUGCUGUGUGUCCACGCAGCACGCUGAGGAGAGUGGCAGCCUCGCUCAAGGACAGGUUCGGCCUGGUGCUGAGGGCCGGGUUUGAGAGCGAAUUCACUCUCCUACACUCUACCAGCCCAUCCAUGACCCCUGUGGAUCGCACGCUCUACUGCUCCGCGCUGGCGUUUGACGAGCAGGCAGAGCUGAUGGGUGCCAUGGUGACCGCACUGCAUGGCAUGGGCAUACCCGUGGAGCAGCUUCACCCGGAAUCAGGUGGAGGGCAGUUUGAGAUAGCUGUAGGGCAUGCAGCUGACGUGGCAGCAGCUGAUAGGAUCCUGCUUGUUCGGGAGGCGAUCUCAGGGGUGGUGCGGAGAGCAGCAGCCGCAGGGGCGGGGAGUGGGGAGGUGGAAGGCACGAGCAGCAAGCGGAGCAGCACACCCACUCAUGUCACCUUCCUUCCUCAAGUCUUCCCUCGCGACGCAGCCAAUGGCAGCCACGUCCACGUCAGCAUAUGGCGGGAGGUCACUGGUGGUGCUGAUGCGUCAUCAUCAUCAACAGCAGCAACAGAAACCUCCGCGGGUGCACCGAUCCUGGUGUCAGAGGGUGGGCGCACGUACGUCAACGCGUUCGCAGCUACGGGGCAAGCGAGAGAAGGCGGGCAGGCAGAGCAGCAGGGGGGGCAGCAGGGCAUGUCGGAGGAGGGGCAGCAGUUCAUGGCAGGGGUGAUGGCGCACCUGCCCUCCAUCAUGGCAAUCUUGUGCCCGCUUCCCAACAGCUACGAGCGCCUGGGCCCCAACAAGUGGACAGGCGCCUUCCAGUGCUGGGGGCACGAGAACCGCGAAGCAGCUGUCAGAGUUGCUGCUCCCCCCACCCAUGCUGCUGAUGGAGCCGCUGGUGAUGCAGGCGCGCCUGCAGCAUUCCCAGUGACCAACUUCGAGGUGAAGGCGUGUGACGCGUGCGCCCAGCCGCACCUGGUGCUGGCUGCAAUUAUUGCUGCCGGCAUGGAUGGGCUGGAGCAGAAGAUGCCGCUGCCGGCACCCAUUGACGUGAACCCAGCUGACCUUCCCGCCGACUCUGCGCCCCCUCGCCUGCCUGCAUGCCUGGAGGACUCACUAGCGGCCUUUGAGGCGGAUGCUGUCCUGCAAGCAGCACUGGGGGAGGCCAUGGUGCAAGCGAUUGUGGCCGUGCGCAAGGCAUGGCAUGGUGCAGGAAGUUGUGGCAGUGCGCAACGGUGUGGUAGGGAAGGGUGUGAAGGGGCAAGGUGGCCGCUCUGCCUGCCAGCCUGCCUGGAGGGGUCACUGGCGGCCUUUGAGGCGGAUGCUGUCUUGCGAGCAGUACUGGGGGAAGAGAUGGCGCAGGCGAUUGUGGCCGUGCGCAAGGUGAGACCUGGGGAGGGUGUUUUGGGGUAG